ACAAGAUAAACAGUAAACUUGAUUAUCUUCAAACAUUGUCAUUUCCUCACACACAGAGGAAGAAGAAGAUGACGACGCUUCUUCAAUCCUCUCUGAACAACAAAAACCUCUCUCUGUCUCUUUCAUCUUCUCCCUGCUACUCUUCACCUCUUCCCUUCAAGCUCUCCACUCUCAACUUGUCUCAGACACAGAGCGUGUGUUACCAGAGUCUCUCUGUUACCUGCUCCAUCUCAAAGAUCCACAGUUAUGGUACCGUGGACUAUGAGCGCCGACCCAUUGUCAGGUGGAACGAUAUUUACAGGAGGAUAUCGUUGAUGGAGAAUCCGGAAUUGGGUUCUGUCUCUGUGUUGAAUCAGUGGGAGAAUGAAGGCAAGAAUCUUACUAAGUGGGAACUUUCCAGGGUUGUCAAGGAGUUGAGGAAGUAUAGGAGACAUAAGAGAGCGCUUGAGGUGUAUGAUUGGAUGAACAAUAGACAAGAGAGGUUCAGAGUAUCUGCAAGUGAUGCAGCAAUUCAGUUAGAUCUAGUUGCAAAAGUUCAUGGAGUUUCUAGUGCAGAAAGAUUUUUUCUGAACCUGACUGAUAACUUAAAAGACAAGAGGACUCAUGGUUCCCUGUUGAAUGUAUAUGUGCACUACAGAUUGAAGGACAAGGCGGAAUCUUUACUUGACAUUAUGAGGAGUAAAGGGUAUGUAAUACAUUCACUACCAUUUAAUGUAAUGAUGACUCUGUACAUGAACCUCAAGGAAUAUGAUAAAGUUGAUAUGUUGAUUUCAGAAAUGAAAGAGAAAAACAUACGGCUCGAUAUCUAUUCAUAUAAUAUAUGGUUAUCUUCUGGUGAAUCGAUAAAAAAGAUGGAACAAGUGUUUGAACAAAUGGGAAAGGAUCCUGCCAUUGUCCCCAACUGGAGUACAUUCAGCACAAUGGCUACUAUAUACAUUAAGAUGAAUCUGUUUGAAAAAGCAGAAGACUGCUUAAGAAGGCUUGAGAGUAGAAUUAAAGGUCGAGAUAGAAUACCUUUUCAUUACCUCCUGAGUCUGUAUGGAGGUGUUGGAAACAAGGAUGAAGUUUAUCGCGUGUGGAGUACCUAUAAAUCAAUUUUCCCAACUAUACCAAACUUGGGAUACCAUGCUAUUGUUUCUUCUCUGAUCAGAAUAGAUGAUAUUGAGGGGGCAGAAAAGCUUUAUGAGGAAUGGGUUUCAGUAAGAUCUUCUGAUGAUGCUAGACUGGGAAACCUUCUCAUAGGCUGGUAUGUGAAGAAUGACAAUAUAGAUAAAGCUUUGAGUUUCUUUGAGCACAUGACUGAUGGUGGUAGUGUUCCGAAUUCGAAUACAUGGGAGCUUCUCUCUGAGGGCUAUAUUGCAGAUAAGAUGGUUUCUGAGGCCCUAUCCUGCUUGAAAAAAGCUUUUGCCACUGAUGGUUCAAAGAGUUGGAAACCAAAGCCCUUAACCUUGUCUGCAUUCUUUAAGCUUUGUCAAGACGAAGAUGACGCGGCGAGCACCGAGAUUUUAAUUGCGUUGUUGAGGAAGUCGGGAUUUCUUGAAAAUGAAGCUUAUGCAUCAAUCAUUGGCUUAUCACUAUCUGAUGCUACUAUUGGCAAAGGUGAAUUGUCUAGAACUGGUGAUAUUGUUGACCGUGAAGAUGUGGAUGAUGACUCUCAAAUGUUGUUAAACCAACUAUAGACUAGCUUUUGAUACUUUUUUCUUUUUACCACCGGGAAAUACUCCCUCCGGUCCUAUUUAUAAGCAACAAAAAAAAAAUUCACAUAGUUUAAGAAAUGUAGUUAAACUAGAUAAAAUGCAUUAAAUUUGUCUUAAAUAAAAAUAAACUUCCAAAAUUACCCUUUGUUAUUAGUGUUGGAAAGUGAGAAAGAGAGAGAAUAAUUAAUGAGACACAUUUUACAAAUUAGAAUUAAUAAGGGCAUCAUUGGAAAAAAUUAAUUAAUAUAGCUCAAACUUUCAUUUGGUUCUUAUAAAAAGGACCAAGAUUUUUCUUCUCUUUCAUGUUUAUAAAUAGGAACGGAGGGAGUAGUUUGCUAGAACAUAGGGGAGUUUUGGUCAAAGAUGAUUGUUUUUUUGUCAAGUUCCUAUGCCUUAUCAUGACAGUAAUGAAGUGCUGGCUGCUGUUUGAACUACAAAGGUUGGAAUUUUUAUGCUGGCUUAUAACAUUAGCAUGUAAUAUUUUGCUCUAACAAGCUGAUAUAUGUGAUAUGUGGCCAUCCUUUGUGUAUGCUUUGUAU